UUUGAUUUGUAAAUUCGGAUAUGGAAUCUUUUAUGAUUGACCCUUUGUUUGAUAAUUUCAGAUUCCAGUGAUUUUAUAUGUUAUUUUGUAUGAAUGUUUAAUGAACCAAUCUGCUACUAUUACUUGUUUUAGGUUCUUGGAUUCAGAAAUCAGUAUAAAGAUUUGAUUUUUGAUUUUGUGGAGAAACAGGGCUAAACCCCUUUUCAAUUCUUGGGAUUUACCUUCUUUUUUUCACUUAAAAAGAGGAUCUUUAUGGGAUUUCACAAGUUUGUAGUAUUAGUUUGGCACAAUUUUUGUACUGUAAGAAGCUGGAGGUAGCUUUAGUCUGGCCAGAAUUGUCUUUUUAUUUUAUGUCUGCUUACACUUUACCCAUUUCGAACCCUACUUAUGUAAUUACACCGGGUAUGUUAUGCUGCUAGAAUCUGCGGAUCUUCCUGUUUGAGUCUUGGAGCAUAUUGGAGGUAUGAGAUGGACUUCUUAGGCUGCCUAAGGGACUGAAAUAGAUAUGCAUUCUUUUAGCAACAUGAUGAAGAUUAGGAAAUUGUUGCGUAAAAUAAUUGCUAUUCUGAUGUUCAGAAUUGACUGGAAGAAGCUGGUUUUCAUUGGUGCUAUUCUGACAGUAUUUAGGAUAAUGUUUCAAAUUUCUACACUUCCUUAUCCUCUUACAGAAUGGAUCCUCUUCCCACCAUCGGAGAUUUCAUCUUCCCGCUAUUUGAAUCAUGAAAAGAACUUGAGGGAACUUCCAGCGAGUCAAGAUAUGCGGUUUAAACUUAGUCAGCAUGCCCCCCUAGUUGUUUCACUCAACUCUACAGAUAGACUGAACGAAACACAGCAGGUUCUGGAAAGACGAGAGCAAGUUUCGAGACAGCAGAAAAGUAGGAAGCAUGUGAAUGCUGUAGAUAAAGUUAUUUUCCCUUCUUCACCUGUUAGAAACAUGUCCAACAAUAUGCUGAGAUACAUAGCAUCUUUGACUCCAGAUGAGGCACUUGCAUAUGCCAAACGAGAGAUUGAGAAUGCCCCACUAGUUAUGGAUGAUCAGGACUUGUAUACUCCUCUAUUCAAGAACGUAUCCACUUUUAAGAGGAGCUAUGAGUUGAUGGAGCUUAUACUCAAAGUUUACAUUUACAAAGAAGGGAAAAGGCCGAUUUUUCAUCAACCUUAUCUUAGAGGAAUUUAUUCAUCCGAGGGAUGGUUCAUGAAGCUGAUGGAGGAUAGUCGUCAGUUUGUGACAAGGGAUCCACAAAAGGCUCACCUGUUCUAUCUGCCAUAUAGCGCGCGUCAGCUACAAAAGGCACGAUAUGUGGUAAACUCACAUGAUCUUAAGCCGUUAUCAGUGUUCCUGCGGAACUACGUGAACAUGCUAGCUUCAAAGUAUCCUUUCUGGAACCGCACACGUGGGUCAGAUCACUUUCUUGUUGCUUGCCAUGAUUGGGGACCUUAUACUCUAAAAGAUCAUGAGGAGCUGAGUAGAAACACUAUAAAAGCUCUCUGCAAUGCAGAUAUAUCUGAAGGAAUAUUUGUUUCUGGGAAGGACGUUUCCCUUCCCGAGACCACUAUAAGGAAUCCCAGGAGGCCUCUUAGAAACCUUGGUGGGAAAAGAGUGUCACAGCGCCCGAUUCUUGCCUUUUUCGCUGGAAAUAUGCAUGGUCCAGUACGUCCCAAACUUCUCAAAUAUUGGAGGGACAAAGACGAAUCCAUAAGAAUUUACGGGCCUCUACCCCAUAGAGUCUCAAAAGUUAUGUCUUAUCCUGAACACAUGAAAUCAAGCAAGUACUGCCUUUGCCCGAUGGGUUAUGAAGUGAACAGCCCGAGGAUUGUCGAGGCAAUAUAUUAUGAGUGUGUUCCGGUUAUCAUUGCUGAUAAUUUCGCCCUUCCGUUUAUCGAAGUUUUAAACUGGACUGCUUUUUCUGUGGUUGUUUCUGAGAAAGAUAUUCCUAGGCUAAAGGAGAUUUUAUUAAGUAUACCUCUGCGACGUUACCAGGCCAUGCAAAAUAAUGUCAAGAUGUUGCAGAAGCAUUUUAUUUGGAACUCAAAACCGACUCGAUAUGAUCUGUUCCAUAUGAUUUUGCAUUCGAUUUGGUUUAGCAGACUAAACCAGAUUCAAGUAUCACAGGUAUCAUAGUUUCUUGAGUUCUGGUUGUCAAGUAUUGCAGAUAAUCAUAAUUCCUCGAGUUCUAGUUGUUCCAACUUGACUGUCUUCAUGACCUCGAGAGUUUGUCCGUUUGGAUUUGAUAUACAAAAACCUUUCAAGAGCUACAGCCGGUUUUGUUCUCUUAACUUGUGCACUUAUAUGCUUCUGCCACUUGGCUAGAAAAAGAAGACUAGCUGGCUGUAGAAGGCUGCCAUUUUAUAAAGGAAUUUAGUCAGAUUACCUCUGUUCCAUGGAUGAAUUAAGCAAUUUCUGAUGGAAGAAACUGCUUUAUACUUUGACAAAAUCGUACGUUGCUUGCAGAAGACUAACUCAGAUAAUGCAGUUCGUAUUCCAAGUCAAAAUACCUGGCAGGUUUUCUCUUGAUUAUUAUAGUUGUGGGAUUCCACUGAAUAUGUUGUUCUUGUUGUAUAGUUGAAGGGCAAAAGGAACGGUGGUUAAAACUUCUGUCCAAACAUCAUGGCUAGCAUUUCACAGAUUUCCAAUAUAUUGAACUACUACUUGGAAUGAUCUCAUGUUUGAGGAACAACACAAGAAAAGGAGGCCAGUCCAUUGAUAUUCAAGCCAAGGUACAAUCAAAAUGAUAUAAGUGGAAAUGAACUGCAAGGAAGAAGUGAAACGAAGGUAUGUUGAUGUUGACAUGGUCGCGUGUAUCUCUAUGAAUUUUUUUAAGUAACAGGUUAUUUUGUGAAAGAAAGAAGAACUGAGGGAAAGAUAAGUAGAGAAGAAGAAGAAAGAUCAAGAUAUAUUCAAUGAUAUUCCUCCUUUACAAAUAAACACGAUGAUCACACAACACAAUUGAAACAAGAAAUUACCCCAUGUACAAUCAAGCAAUUAAAAUACAAGCAUCAGAAAACACAACCAGUACAAACAAGGAGCAGUUACAUCACAGCAAACUCGACUGAUCAACUUUAGCUCGAAAUUCUGUCUUUCUGGUGCAAGAAGUUCCUUCCUCUGCCUUUUUAGUUCCCUGAAUGAAGCAACAGAAAGUGAAGCUCUUGUUAACAUUUGAAUGGUACAUUUAUGCUUAGUGUCAUUGACAUAUAUGACAAAUCUGAAAGUUAAUUGGUAUAUCACCUGUCAUCAGUUUUACUUCUUUAGGAAACAAUGCUCUAAAUUUGACUUGAAGUUGUUGUUAUCCCAUUUCAGUAGGUUCCACCAUUCUGAUGUUCCUUUUAUUAGCCUGAUCUUAUUGGAGGUUUGAAUAGAGAAAGGCAACUCCAUUUCAUAGCAAUUGAUCAGCUUAAGUUCCUCUAUGUGUUCCCAUGGCUUCCUCAAUGUUCUUAAUUUUGGUAAUUCUUUCAACCAUAACUUCUGAGCUAACAAGUGUAGUCUGACUUGAGCUGCAUUGCAGCAGUAACUCUGUCAGCCAAUGACAAAAUGCAACUGAUACUUCCUCCUUCUUCUGCUGCUGGUGUGAAAUCACAAGAACAACUCUCUAUGUGUAGUGAUUUUACUCUACCACAUCAUGCAUCUUCACAUAAUAAUCCACAUUGUGAUCAGCUUCUUGUAGCAAGCAGGCAUUGUGAUUCAUUCCCCUGUUGUAAGCUUCUUCAUAUGUGUCAUGUACACCAAGGAACCCCUCUGCCCACCAACACUUUAUGAGAUCAUCUGUUGAAAUAGCCACGGGAUGUAAGGAGCAAUACAAGAAACAGCUUCGAAUGUCACCUCUCUUAUUCUUGACAUGUUUGCUUCUUUGAUUUAGAGUAUAAUUCAUUAUCCUGAGGUUUUUAAGAUUCAAAACUCAACUUGAUGACCUUGUAAACCUUAUCUGUAACAUCUUUGCUAUGAGGUUCAGACAUUC